GCGUGAUUUAUCGCCAAUCCCCCGCCACUAGCAAACGAUCCAUCGGAUUCUCAUCCCCAUCCCGAAAUACUGUAUCUUAUCUUCGAUAAUAGGAGACCGUCAAGAUGUCUGGGAGCGCCGGAUUUGAUCGACACAUUACCAUCUUCUCGGAUCAGGGGAGGUUAUACCAAGUCGAAUAUGCGUUUAAGGCCAUCACAGCAGCAAAUAUUACCUCCAUCGGUAUUAGAGGAAAAGAUUGCGCGGUUGUGAUUUCUCAGAAGAAAGUUCCUGAUAAACUUCUUGACCCUUCUUCUGUUACAUACAUUUUCCAGUUAUCACCCUCUGUUGGCUGCGUUAUGACUGGGUCUAUUGCCGAUGCUCGUGCCGCAGUUUCUCGUGCUCGUGGGGAGGCGGCAGAGUUUAGGUACAAAUAUGGUUAUGAGAUGCCUUGUGAUGUGCUUUCAAAGAGGUUGGCGAAUAUCAACCAAGUCUACACCCAACGUGCGUACAUGCGUCCGUUGGGUGUCUCCAUGACCCUCAUAUCCGUCGACGAUGAGAUGGGUCCUCAGCUCUACAAAACCGAUCCGGCUGGCUACUAUGUCGGUUAUAAAGCUACUUCUUCGGGACCCAAGCAACAGGAAGCCCUCAACCAUCUCGAAAAGAAGCUCAAGAAUAAGGAUUAUGCUCCUGGUGAUUGGAAGGAGGUCGUAGAAACAGGAAUCUCGGCUCUGAGUUCUGUUCUAAGUGUUGACUUCAAGAGUGGGGAGGUCGAGGUCGGUGUCGUUGGUGCAGAUGGGAAACCUGGGUUCAGAAAAUUGACUCAGGAGGAAAUCGAAGAGAGGCUGCAGAGCAUUGCAGACAAGGACUAGGCGGAAUAUCCUGGACGGGGUUGAUCCCUGUUACAUUGAAUAGAAUGUUAAUGGCUCUCGCCAUAAUUAAUGUGAA